GAUGUGGUACCUGAACUUUUAUUCCUCCCUGUGCUGCAGCUCCCGCCACACACCACUCCCUCGCUUUCUCCCUGCGUGUGGGAUCUUGCUUUGCAAAUGUACAGUGGGCUGGAGCAGGAGCUGAAGGCGGCUGGCGCCCUGGGCCAGCAGGCCAGCCCCAAGCUGGAGGUGGACAAGGUGAAGAGGCCCAUGAACGCCUUCAUGGUGUGGUCCCGGGGCCAGAGGAGGAAGAUGGCACAGGAUCAUCCCAAGAUGCACAACUCGGAGAUCAGCAAGAGGCUGGGCGCCGAGUGGAAGCUGCUGAGCGACGCCGAGAAGCGCCCGUUCAUCGACGAGGCCAAGAGGCUGCGGGCCGUGCACAUGAAGGACUACCCGGACUACAAGUACCGCCCGCGGAGGAAGAGCAAGGCGCUACCUCGGAAGGACGGCAAGCUCCCGCUGGUGGCGGCCGGCGGCGCGCUGCUGGCGCCAGGACCCAGCGGAAGCCCGUACCCCUGGGGGGCGGCGCCAGGGGGGUUCCUGACGGCCGACGCGCUGCCGCCCGCAUGCGCAGGAGGAGGGGGCUUCCCGACGGCCGACGCGUCGCUGCCCCAGGCCCACGGCUCCGCGCAGGCGCCGUACCCGCCGCCGCCGCUCCAUCAGGCCCGCUACGAGCUGCCGUACCCCGCCGCUUCCUCCUCGUCCUCAUCGUCGUCCUCGUCGUCGUCUCCGUCUCCGCCCUCCCAGGGUUACUUGAACGGCUCGCCGCCGCCGCCGCCGGUCUACAGCCUGCCCCCGCCGCCUUCUCCUUACGGCCGCCAUCUUCAGCAGCAGCCGCCACCGCCUGCGUCCGCCAUGGCCAAGCCGGCCGCCGGCACUGGCAGUGCGCAGGCGCGGGGGGCUCUGCCGGGGGAGCUGCGAGACAUGCUCAGCCUGUACAUCCCCAGCGACGGCCAGGAGGCGCUGCUCGGCCACAGGAGCUAUCACCCCAUCCCUCAACACUACCAGAACAUCCCGCUGAACGGCACGGUGCCCCUCACUCACAUCUGAACACUAGGGAAAGGGGGAGGGGGUGGAAAACCUAUAAUCUGUAUCCGCCCCACACUCCCUUGGCAGGAACUGAUUUCUAUAGAGUGUGUGUAUAUAACUUUUUUAGCUGAAAAUGUUGUCCCACCCUAAAUAAUUGUAUAUUUUUGAUAAAUGUACCCCCCACUUUGAAUAGGUUCUGUGUGUGUACAUAACUUUUUACACUUAAAGCUUUUACACUCCGAAUAGAUGUGUAUUUUCUUGAUAAAUGUUCUCUUUUUUUUUGAAUGGCUCAUGUAUAAAGCAGAUUCUUAGCUGAAAAUGUUAUUACAUCCUGAAUACAUGUGUAAAUAUUUGACACAUGUUCCCUUCCCCACUUUUUAAUGAUUGUGUGUGUGUGUGUGUGUAUAUAAACUUCUAGAUGAAAAUGUGCCUCUCCCUUCAUUUUCUUUCAUGAAAAUGCUUUUAUUUGAAUUGGUGCCCCCCCCACGUAGACUUUAUUUUAGAUUUUAAAAUGCCACUCCAUGUUCAAUGGCGCAUGAAAACGUUUCCCCCACUCCGAAUGGAUGCUGUAAACUUUCUUGGUGGGGGUGGGAAAUGCUUUCCUCUUCCCUUGAAUGAGUGUGAAUUUUUUUUAGUGCUCUCCCUGACCUUCCGUUGCCAAUAGAUAUAUUGGAGAAUAAUUGUUAAAAACACAUAAUGUGCGUGUUUACUGCCCCUCUUCGUUUAGGGAAAGAAUGGCAAAUAUUGACUUUUUCAAAAAAAAUAAGAGAUAUUAAUCACUUUGCUUCAAACCCCUGAUAUUCUUUGACUCGCGGAGUUUGAAAUGUAGGAACAGGUUUGUGGGGGUGUGUCUCUUUUGGGUUUUAAGGGUAAGGCUAUGUUUUAUCCAGUUUAAAGUUUACUGUUAAUACAGCGUGUAUGUCUUUCUCAGGCUCGUAUCGUGCCAAAGAGCCUUUUGAGUUUCAACCUGUCUACGCUUUUGUGGGUUGGGCAUUUAAAGGGAACCUGUCCUUCGCUCUGAUUUACAAAGCGUGAACACACCCAGCCAGAUUAAUGACAUUUACCUCAAACUGACAGAGCCAGAACGGUGCAACCAACAAGCUAAAUCUGCUUUUUUUCCGGUUGGUUAGGAUUUCUAAUGGAAUUAAAGUAGAUGCUGUCUUGUCCCCUCGCAUCCUGUUCCCAAAUACUGCUAUCACUCGGGUGAUUUUAUAUAUCGCCUCUCGCUAACAAAACCUCACAGUGAGCAAGGUGCGGCUUGUCAAGUGGGAGCAUGUACUGCUUUCUAUUUUGAAUUAAUACGAUACUUCUAAUUUUUAUGCGCCUGUUAAGCCAAAAAAAGCGAUAAUAUCUCUUCAAAUGUUUUAAAAAGUUGUACGGUAUUUAUGGAUCUUUGCGGAUCUGUUUGUUUUGUUUUGGGGGGCUGAGCUGGCAACCAUGGAUACUGCAUUAACAUUAAACAUUUUGGAAUAUCCGAUUUUGUGUAGCAUGCGAGUGGGUCUGUGUGUGGCAGAAUGGCAUUGUUUCCCUGAAACUCCACUCUCUGUGUGGGGACUUAUAUCUGUUUGUUCACGACUUGUUAGAAACUGAGUCUGUGUUUUGCCACGGUUUUACACCGGUCAUAAAAGUAACCAUGUUCCCUGACUGGAGGCGAGUUUCUGUUUAGAAUAAUUUAUUUAUGUUUUUUGACUUGUCAAUACGUGAGGCAUACUGCUGUUGCUCCCCUCCUUUUUUUUGUGGGGCGGGGGAGAAUUGUUGCUAUUUUGUAAUGCUACGUAGUUGUGAAUUGGUCCUCUCCUGACUCGCCCCCUCCCUUUUUUAUUUUUAAAAGUGAAAAUCUGUUUGUUUCAGAGGGAUGGCGAAUUUGUAUCAGCCAACUGAAGUUGGGAAGGGAGGAACUUCAAAUAGUUGGAAAAUAAUGCUGUUCAUGAAUUGAAUUAAACACUUAUUUCCCUC